UAACGAUAACGCGUGGACACGGGCGCACAUCAUAAUAAAAUUAUUAAUAUCGACAUUCGAAGAACUAGUACAAAUCUUCAGACACGUAAAACCCUCUACAAUAAUUCCAACUAUAAAACCAAAAAAAUGUAAAAAUAGAAAUAAAAUAGAAUCGAUUUAAUUGAAAUUUCAAAUAAAAUGAUCAGAAUCAUUUAUCCGACUACUGCUUUAAAUUGGAAAAAUUAAUUUUAACAUAAUUUACUUAAUUAUUCGAUGGAGUGAUCAGUGAUUAUUCCAAGAAUAUGAGUGAGUAAGUCUUGAAAAUCAUUACGAAUAAUUUUUUAAACUAGUGAAAUUCCCCUUGUGGCGAUGUUUUGAAGUGAACGAAAGACAAAUGUCCUGGAAUUUUCUGCAAGUGCUACAAGUACUUAAUAAUCAUCAGCACGUGCCAGGCGUGACGACACGUGCCAGUGUUUUGAGAGUAUCAACCUGACGCGUGUCCAAGUCCUAUCAGGAGUGAGGAUCACCCCAAUCGUGCUCAAGUGUCCCGGAGAGGAGAUUUGAUUCGGAAAUUGAGGCUUAUCCCCAACUAUCCCAUUUUAAAAUCAAUUGAAAAUAGAUAGAAACGAAAAAAUCAAUAUGCAAUUAUCGAACAAUUAUUGAAUAAUCAGGACGACCAUGUGAGGUCGAUAAAUGUAGAGAUAGGAAACGAUCUAGUCGGAAAUUCUAGUCAUUGGUGAGAGUUUUUUCUAGUUUGUAUUGUAUUUUCACCGAAAAUUGUCGAGAUGAUGUACUCGAUGGACAAUUUGGAGCUUGACAUGAUGAACAGGCAUUACAUUUACGACGCCCACUCGUUCCUGGGCAAUCCGGUGAUACCGCCGCACUGCGGUCCACCGACGGCGAGCGUUCUGUCGCCGAUUGUACCCCAGAUAGGGCCCUCGCACCCUCCCGGUAGCACCGGGAGCUCCAAUUGCAGUGAACACUAUCCAUUUGAUGAGAAUAGUAGUGACGAUGAGAGUGUUUACAGCAGUGAUCGAGAAAUUCGACCGAGGGAUGGACAUUCCAGAAAACGUAGUCACGACUGCAUGCUGGAGGACGAAGACGGGCCCACAUUAAAACGUCCACGUCAAGCAGUCCAACAGCGCCAAGCAGCGAAUCUCCGGGAAAGAAGACGUAUGCAGAACAUAAAUGAUGCAUUCGAGGGUCUCCGGGCACACUUACCCACUCUACCCUACGAAAAACGCUUAUCCAAAGUCGACACCCUCCGUCUUGCCAUCGGUUACAUAACAUUUCUGACAGAACUCGUCAGGGCUGAUAAAGGUAGUGACACUCAUAACGGCAGUGGCACAAUCUCCAGAUGCGCAGGAAGGGAGCACUCCGAGAAAGUGAUAGUUCACAGCUACGGUGGGAAUCCCUUCAUCUCUCACUCCCUCUCCUGGUCCCGAAAAUCGGACAUAUCCCCCAACGGGAUGAUGUUCGCAAAAGUCUGGACCCCGGAGGACCCGCGCCUGUCCAAGAACUCCUCCGCGCUGUCUAAAAUUGACUCAAUGGAGAUGGGCAAGGGCUGGUCGCCGGAGGAGACUCAGACGUCCAAAUCAGAAAGUUCGACCGACAAGUUCGAGAGCCCGGAGAUGCCGAAGGCUUGGACGCCGGAGGAACACGGAGUCCUGAAGAACAGCAUCAACGAGAGCAUGGAGAUGGCGAAGACGUGGCAGGAACCCCGUUCGUCCCUGAAGAUCUGCAUGGAGAAGCAUUUGUCUUUAGACUGCGUCGCUGUCCAGUCGUAGGGAAAGACCAAGUGGAGGCAGACUGACGACUAUCGAACGAAUUAACAGUGUUAUUUAGUUUUUAGGGGUCUGUCUUCACCACAAGUGUCUGCAGUGCAACCGAAAAUAUUGAGGAUUGAGAGGGGGGAAACGAAUCUAGUCGAAUCAAGUCAUUGAAUUUGUAUAAUUAUUUAAUUAAUAUGAUUGAUUGUGAUAGGUAUUGAUGUAAAGGUAAGAGGG